AUGAUCGUGUUCGCAGGGACACCAGGUGCGAUAGUCCUGGAGAAGUUGAAGGAGGACAAGCAGUACGACUGGGACAGAUGCUACUAUACGGUCCAGGCCAAGGCAUAUUGCGACAAGAAGGUCAUGAAAGAAUGGAUCGACAAAGUGUGGGCCCCCGAUAUUCGAGGACCAAGCGUCUUGGCGCUUGAUAGCCUCAAGACACACAAGAUGGAGUCUAUCCGGACUCGGCUCGUGGACCACGCGCACACCAGCGUGGUCUACGUGCCUCCCGGGGUGACGGGACUAGCCCAGCCCAUGGACAUCGCCGUUAUGAAGCCCUUCAAGGGUAGGCUAAGAGAUCUCUACACUAAGUUUGUUAUUGAAAACGGUACCUUUACGGAUGCAGCCCAGAAGCGACGGCAUAUUGCCGCUUCAGUGCUGCAGGCGUGGGACGAGGUCGACACAUAG